AGGGGAGUCACGAUGCCUCCAGAAAUAUACUUACUUUUGUUUGGGUUAUUAGGCGCGGCGCACGGCCUCAUCACAGGGGACGAGGGACCGCCGGGUUUCUCCCCUCUGAAGACGCCCGUGUACUUCCCUGUCUUUCUUGAAGACUUUGAGGACUUCGGGCUGAGGGUGGGAGGAGACUUGGCCUCGCCAGAAAAGAUUGGCAAGAGCCUGGACAUGCCCACCACCACGUCCAAGCCCACCACCACCACCGAUCGCCUGCCUAUCAACCCUGACGGCCUCCUCAGCCACAUCGCCCUUCAGUCAGUGACGCAGCCCCCCGGCCCCUCCUACCUCACGGAUUCUUACUACUACGUGAACGACCACACGCCCAGUCCUGGCUCCGCUGAGGACUCUGAUGAAGCGUACGGCCGUGACAGAGAGAACGAACAGCAGGAGCUACAAAACUUGAGCCCCAUAUCUACCAAACCAUUCGGGCAGGGAGCUCCGUCCGCCCUAGCACUAAUCGGGGUCCCAGCUGCACCCGUCCACUCUCACCCUGGUGGGGUCACCCCAACACCUUUCGAAGCUACUUCUGCCCCUGCUGAGAUUCCACGCCGUACUUUUCGUCCCUCUCGACCCCAAACUUCCCAGACAUCAAGAAAACCCUCUCGGCCUUCUCCCUCUCCUGCUCCUGCUCCUCAGGAUGUGAAACUUAAGCCUGCUUUCUCGUCUACUCCUGCGCCACCACCCACCACUGUCCCACCCACCGUCCGUCCCCGUGUGUCAACAACCACCCGCCCAAGGGUCAUCCAAUCCCCAUCCAGAUCACCCUCCCGCUCUCCUUCCCGCGCUCCUUCCUACUCAUCCUCGCGUUCUUCAUCUCGUGACAAAGUCGAGCCUUCCACAUUAUCUCUUACUGCUAGACCUGCGAGACCUCCAAAAGUUCUCGUCUCACGAAGGCCCCAGUUCGAAUCCUCCCGUCUAAGCUCCCUGAGCACCACCACUCAGAUACCCACAAGAGCGCCCCCCACCUCCUAUCGCACACCCACUCCGCCCACCGUUCCACCUACCACCACAAGUUCCAGCGGAAGUAGAGGCUAUGGAGGGAGGGCCACAAGCCCUUCAGCUCCUCAACCACAGCGAGUCAGCGAAAGAGAACGUAACAGGAAGCAAGAGGCACCAGUCUACCACACCUCCACUAAGUCGUACCGGGCACCGUCCUCACUCUACUACGGCAGAGGCACCACCACCACUGUAACGGUUCCAGCUCAGCCCGACUUUAUUCAGUCAGACCCCAACAUCUACGUGCCGGUGGAGUACGACGAAGAGGCCAUCCCCGGGGACGCGGGCGUCGACUACCCUGUGUACCCGACCGUGCCCGACACCCAGUUCACGUGCGAGGCCCAGGAGCACCCGGGCCUGUAUGCCGACCCGGAAGCUCAGUGCCAGACCUUCCACAUCUGCCAGGAGGACGGCCGCCACGACUCCUUCCUCUGCCCCAACGGCACCGUCUUCAACCAGCAGUACUUCGUGUGUGACUGGUGGUACAACUUCUCCUGCGACCACGCCACGAGAUUCUACUCACUGAACGCACUCAUAUACGAAAUUCCAGACGCGGAUAAAUACUCUAAAAAAUAAUUACAAGGCUCUAGUAGGUGUAUAAGAGUAAAAACAGUGUCAAGUGUAUGUAUGUGUGUAUUGAUAUAUACAUGCAUACAUACGUUUCGUGAGUGCGUGUCUCAGUCUGCAAUAGAAUGAAAGCUUCUUCGCCUUUAUGUCAAAAUUUACAUUAGCUGCCUCAUCACUGAGGAGGAUAAAGAUAUGGGUUAGUGUAUACAGUUUGAAUAUUUUCGUUUAUUUCUCGAAAUGUAAAAUGAUUAUAAUUUGCUGUGUAUUUUGGAGAUCUUUAACUUAUUUCAUAGAAUUUUAUGUGUAUAUGAAGAAUCUGCUUUCUAUAGAUGCUGUAUAUAGGAGAUGUUUAUUUUUAUAUAUUGUAAAUAGCUGGGUUGACGGUGGGAAUCUGCUCACACUCACUUUGCUCCCUGAAGCCCUUCAAUGAUGGCGGUGUUCUACAGAGGCAGUGCUUGAAUACGUGUACUUUAGUCAUUUGCCAAUGUAAAGAGGCUCUUCUAGGUAACAGUAAUGAAGGGUGAUACCAUGGCAAGGGAAAUUGCCUGAUAGCAGACAGCAUUAGUUCCUUGAAUAUAAAAAAAAAUGUAUAUGUAUAUUAGGCAUAAAAUAUUGUGUGUAUAUUGGUAAAACAUUGAAUUAUAAUGUGUCUACUAAAACUUAUGACGUAUGAACAUGGUGCUAGUCAGGUUUCUGCCGCUACUACUGUACUGCUGGACAAGGCUGGUGAUAUUACAAGAAGUAUUUUUAAGAGUGGGGGAUCCGAAGAGCUCAGUGGGCCCCUCAGAAAGACUUAGUGCACACUGGAUUGGUCGAUCACAGAUGGCACUGAGUUCACGGGUGGUUUCGUUCAUUUCUGUCUCCAGCUAACCUUACAUGUACAUUUUUGGUGUAUUAGGAGUGCGCUUCAGCAGUAGUGAAAAGUAAGCCAAAAAGGAAUAGAACUAUGAUGCUGAAUUAGUGUUCAUCCGCCUCUUCGCGUAUCCAGCUGUCUUGUUUCAAAGAUUUUUAUUAUUUAUCCUCUGACGUCACAAGGAUUGAUACGUUUGCAAUCGAACGGGAAAUUUAUGUGAUGUAUCAUCUUUAUGAUAAGUUUUAAAUCACCAGCAUCGCAGUGCCUUGCGCUAAUUCGUAAAAACGAUCACAACCGUUUCCUACACACCACACCACGGGUUAGGCCUCGGCUUUGCUGUGUUAGUCUUGCUGUCACGUGUGAAUGAUCUCUUGAGUGUCCCUGACUCUGGAUGCUUGGUUAUGAGUGUAGAAUCCCUUCAUUUAAAUCCAUUUUGUUAGUAUUUAUAAACCCUGAUUCCUGCAGUUCAUGAAACUUCACAAGAAUUCACAGAUAUGUAGUUCCUCAUUCGUGCCCUCUACACACACACACACACAUCAAUCUUUCUUUCUUUGGUCCUUGAGACUGAGGAUAAGGCUUAUUGCCGAAACAAGCAGUAACUGCUGUGUUCCUUUUGUAUGACUGUUUCGAAGUGAACCCUUGCGUUUCUGUCCAUAUUUUCAAAUAUUUGCUUACAAGUGUUUCCACUUUGAUCGCAAAUUAUUAAAAGGCUGUUUCUUCAAGUAUUUAUUUAUUUAUCAUCUAAAUUACUGUUAUUUCUUGUUGAGAAUAUACAUAGAUUUAUCUUAAUUUAUUACAAAAACGUUAUUUGUAUUGAUUUGUCUCCUUUUUGUGUAAGAAAUCAGGAAUUUCAUUCGUGAUUUACUGUUUAUUGCUAUGUCCAAUUUGUGUAAGAAAAUCAGGAAAUUAUACUUGGUCAUCAGGUAUCUUUAUAGUACAUCUCUUCUUGUGCAAAACAAUAAUUUCUUUCCUAAGUUCAUGAAAAUUAUGUAUAAGGUGGAAUUUCUGGCCGACGAGACAUCUGGCAUCUUGUGUUUGGUCACUGAAGCUCCGACUCGACGCAUCGAGCUUAGCUUGAAACACUCUCUGGUAGUUUCCUGUUACUGAAAUUGUUACUCCUAUCAUCAUGCCCAAGGUGAACAGUAUCCCCUGUGACUGCGGUACAAAUGUAAUUAUCAUUAUGAUAGAAUAACUAAGUAGUAAAGGAUUAUUGAUAUCAGCCGGACCGCGUAACCUCAACUCCCCCCAUUUGGCAGGUUCAUCUUAUAAUUUGUUUGUGCAAGAUCUCUUUAGUGAAGUAUAUAAAAAAAAAAUUAACGACUCGUAAAUCAUUGAAAUUAUAUCUACUAGAUUUUAAUUAUCCAUGCAAGCAAACGCAUGAACAAUAACCAUGCCAACAUUUAACACAAUGGUGAAGUCUCUCAAACAUCUUCAUUACUUCUUUUUUUAAUCCAACGAGCUUCUCUAAUCGUCGAGUCAGCCAUUAUAUCCAUGUGUCAAAUGUUUCCGUCAGCCGCCACUUUUUCCUUUCAUCUGGGUUUCUCAUAGAGUUACACCUGAAUCACUUCAUUAGUGUAAGUAUGGAUGAGCCUAAUUUCCUGAUACAUGUCCCAAACGUCGUAUCCCUUUGUGUAGUGCAAGACGCGACUAGCGUGUCUGUACGCUGCUGUACACAUCCAGCCCGUGAUCAGUGUUUGAAUUCUGUGUGCUGUACAUUUGAUUGUGUCUCUUGAUAAUAAAGCACAAUGAUAUAUUGUUUUUAGUGUUCCUUUACUUAUUUCGUGGAAAUUUUAUCUCGAGAUACUUGGGGGUUAAUAAGGGCAGGGAUGUAUCAUUCUUAAUACUCGCCAAGUGAAGUGCAAGUCAGUGUUUGGGCACUUGCAACUCCAAUUAAGCCGUUCGAGACACUGAUUUUCAUGCCUAAGUAACAGAAAGGCAUUCAUGGUUAAAACUUAAUACUGAAUUUUUUGCAGCUCCCAUCUUCAUAUUUUAUAAAAAAGAAGUCGCUAUGAAGUUUUAUUUAAGGCUAUUUUCGCCAACCAAAGCAAAUAAAUCUUAAUGUCUAACGAGCGGACGUGAUACCGUGAUUCGGUCAUCCGAAGCAGACUCGACUCGGCUGGACGCACAAGUUGCUGCACUAUCUGGAGCGCCAGUGGACAGUCAGCCGUGCAAGAGGAAGGAUGGUGCUGCUGUUCUUCAUCAUCGGGAGUACGGACACUGACGGCAGUUCCUGGAUGACAUGAGAGGGGGCUUCGUGGUGCAGUGGUUAGCACACUCGGCUCACAACUGAGAGAGCCCGGGUUUGAUUCCCGGGCGGAGUAGAAAAAUUUGGGCAGCUUUUCUGAUACCCUACACUCCUGUCCACCCAGCAGUGAAUGGGUUCCAGAUGGCUGGGUUGCAACUCAAGCCAUCAACACAAUCCAUCACCAGAUGAAAGAUGGGUUGACUAAUCGGCGGAAUGAUUGACUGUUUCUUGUUAGAGUUUACAAACACAUCCAGGCAAGUACAGGUGGGAUGUUGGAGCUUCAAUGACUGAGUGGGAGUACAGCUUGUUGGAGGGAUGCUACACCAGACAGGAUCCAUCGAGUACUGCGCCUGAAAGCAAGAUUUAAAUGAACACAAAUAAUGAAACCCUGCUGGUCCAUCAGAACUCAUAAGGCUAUUAAAUUUACCAGUGGGAACACUUUGCUUCCUAAAUUUCUCAGGAGUCUUUUCUAGAUAUCUUCAACUUGGUAAAUUAUGCAAAGUGUAUGCAAAGUACACUUUACAAAUUCUGCCGUGUAGUUUCAACAUUAAAACUGCAAUAGCACUAAUUGGAUCAAAAGUGUAACUUUGAAGGCUAAAUAAAUGACAAUUAAAACUA